AUGAGCGAGAAAAUAGUAAUAGACGGGCAAAACGAGAGAGAUGACCUCUACCUAGUGUCACACAUUGCACAGAUUGAGAAUGCCAAACUCACUGCAAUUGAUGCUUCAAACAAGUCUAGACCACGAACUUACACCAAUAGCGAAGAUUUUCUCAGACAAAUCGGUUUAUUGGGGUUAAACCUAGAUGGAGCCUUUGAUUCUAUUUCAGAUGAUGAAGUAAAGGAAUAUCCAACACUAAAUCAUACAAUCAACACUAAUGAAAGUGACAUUUGUGUAGAUAGCGAAAAAAAGAUCACCAAUCUCGACGAUAUAACAAACAUUGAGAUAAUUAAUUUGCCUAAAAUUGUGCCUGAAGCACUAGAAAUUAAGAAAAUUGGCGUCGUAACAUCGCAAGUUGAAUCUUCUAUAAUCGUACACUCAUUUGAUAAAUCAAUACCUUUUGACCUGGGUUCUAUUGUCUGUUUAAGCGACCGCACAAUUAUAGGGACGAUAACCGAUGUCUUUGGCCCAGUUACCUCUCACUAUUACAGGGUUAAUCUAGUCAACCCAAGUGAGCAAUCGGAUAUUGUUAAGGGAACAGAUAUAUUUUGCGAUGUGGCCCACAGUACACUCGUCACGAAUGAGGUAGACAGUGGUGAAAAUUCGGAUUGUGACAAUUCUAGCGUUAAAACCAGGAGUAAUAUUACCAUUAAUUAUGACAAACUAUCUUCAUAA